GCUUGCUAGAUGCGCUUGAGCUGGCAGUGUCUGGUAGCGCAGGGAGAGGAACCAGAGGAGGAAUAGCAGGCUCCUGCUAGUAUUAGGGGUCCUGACACAUCUCCCCUCCCACAGUCACUGGGGAUAAGGUGUGAAAGACAAGGAGAGCCGCACACACAGGCUAAGAGAUAGCUAGUGGAGGCAGCCUUCAAGAUGGGAAACCGGGGGAUGGAAGAGCUUAUUCCUCUGGUAAACCGACUCCAAGAUGCCUUCUCAGCCAUCGGGCAGAAUGCUAAUCUGGACCUGCCCCAGAUCGCAGUGGUUGGGGGUCAGAGUGCUGGGAAGAGCUCUGUCCUGGAGAAUUUUGUGGGCAGAGAUUUUCUGCCCCGAGGAUCUGGUAUUGUAACCAGGAGACCCCUUGUCUUGCAGCUGGUGACCUCUCCUACAGAAUAUGGGGAAUUCUUACACUGUAAAGGAAAGAAAUUCACAGACUUUGAGGAGAUCCGUAUGGAGAUCGAGGCUGAAACUGAUCGGGUCACUGGAACAAACAAGGGAAUCUCCCCCGUGCCAAUCAACCUCCGAGUCUAUUCUCCUAAUGUGCUUAACUUGACUCUUGUGGACCUUCCGGGUAUGACAAAAGUCCCUGUGGGUGAUCAGCCAGUAGACAUUGAAUUCCAGAUCCGUGAGAUGCUCAUGCAGUUUGUCACUAAGGAAAAUUGUCUCAUUCUGGCUGUGUCUCCAGCAAACUCUGAUUUGGCAAAUUCUGAUGCCUUGAAAAUUGCCAAAGAGGUGGAUCCCCAGGGACAACGCACAAUUGGUGUAAUUACCAAACUGGACCUGAUGGAUGAAGGCACAGAUGCCAGGGAUGUCCUAGAAAACAAGCUGCUGCCCCUACGAAGAGGUUACAUUGGAGUAGUAAACCGAAGCCAAAAAGAUAUUGAUGGGAAGAAAGACAUCCAAGCUGCUUUGGCGGCUGAAAGAAAGUUCUUUCUCUCCCAUCCAUCUUAUCGCCAUCUGGCUGAACGCAUGGGGACACCCUACCUGCAGAAAGCUCUCAAUCAGCAACUGACCAACCAUAUCAGAGACACGCUUCCCGGACUGCGCAACAAGCUGCAAAGCCAGCUGCUCUCCAUCGAGAAGGAAGUGGACGAGUAUAAGAAUUUCCGUCCAGAUGACCCAGCUCGUAAAACCAAGGCGCUGCUCCAGAUGGUACAGCAGUUUGCCGUUGACUUUGAGAAGCGAAUUGAAGGUUCCGGUGAUCAGAUUGAUACUUAUGAGCUGUCUGGGGGAGCCAGGAUCAAUCGAAUCUUCCAUGAGCGCUUCCCCUUUGAGCUGGUCAAGAUGGAAUUUGAUGAGAAAGAGCUGAGAAGAGAGAUCAGUUACGCCAUCAAGAACAUUCAUGGCAUCAGGACUGGACUCUUCACCCCUGACCUUGCUUUUGAAGCCAUAGUGAAAAAGCAGGUGCAGAAGAUAAAGGAGCCGUCUCUGAAGUGUGUGGAUAUGGUAGUAAAUGAGCUGACGUCCACCAUCCGAAAGUGUAGCGAAAAGCUUAGCCAGUAUCCCCACUUGCGUGAGGAGAUGGAAAGGAUCGUUACCACAUACAUCCGUGAGAGAGAGGGUCGGACUAAGGAACAGGUUAUGCUGCUAAUAGACAUCGAGUUAGCCUACAUGAACACAAACCACGAAGAUUUUAUCGGCUUUGCCAAUGCUCAGCAGAGGAGCAACCAAAUGAGCAAAAAGAAAGCUUCAGGAAACCAGGAUGAAAUCCUGGUCAUCCGCAAGGGGUGGCUGACUAUUAACAACAUUGGCAUCAUGAAAGGAGGUGCCAAGGAGUACUGGUUUGUCCUGACUGCGGAGAAUCUCUCCUGGUACAAAGAUGAUGAGGAGAAGGAGAAGAAGUAUAUGCUGCCUCUGGACAAUCUUAAACUGAGAGAUAUUGAGAAGGGAUUUAUGUCCAGCAAGUACAUCUUUGCCCUAUUCAACACUGAACAAAGAAAUGUAUAUAAAGAUUACCGUCAACUGGAAUUAGCUUGUGAGACCCAGGAGGAAGUGGACAGCUGGAAGGCAUCUUUUUUGCGUGCUGGCGUUUACCCAGAAAGAGUUAUGUCAAGUGAGUCAGAAGAGAAUGGUUCAGAUAGCUUCAUGCAUUCAAUGGACCCCCAACUGGAGAGGCAGGUGGAGACCAUACGCAACCUUGUGGAUUCCUACAUGGGUAUUGUGAACAAGACCAUCCGUGACCUGAUGCCCAAAACUAUCAUGCAUCUCAUGAUCAACAAUACCAAGGAUUUCAUCCAUUCUGAGCUCUUGGCAAACCUUUACUCGUGUGGAGAUCAGAAUACUUUGAUGGAGGAGUCUGCAGAACAGGCCACACAUAGGGAUGAGAUGUUACGCAUGUACCAUGCCCUUAAGGAGGCACUACAUAUUAUUGGUGACAUCAACACCGUUACUAUCAGCACCCCCAUGCCUCCCCCAGUGGAUGACUCGUGGCUACAGGUGCAGAAUAUGAAUGCGGGACGCAGUCGGUCUCCCACAUCCAGUCCCACCCCACAGAGAAGAGCCCCAGCUGUGCCACCAUCUAGGCCUGGCUCACGAGGCCCUGCACCAGGGCCUCCUCCUGCUGGCAAUACCCUGGGGAGUGCCCCUCCUGUGCCCUCUAGACCUGGAGCUUCACCAGAUCCAUUUGGGCCACCUCCCCAGAUCCCAUCCAGGCCUAACCGUGCUCCCCCUGGUGUCCCUAGCAGGAAGGCUCCCGCUUCACCUACACGGCCCACCAUAAUCAGACCUGCCGACCCGUCCCUGUUAGAUUAAUUAAUGGAGUCCUGGCUGCUAUCCACCUACCCCUCAACCCUCAUUCCACCUCUUACAGGCAUGGUGCCAGUCUCACCGCUUCAUCACUGUGUUGUAAAAUCCUUGGCUCUGUGUGACUCCUGUGUAUUGUACUGUACAUAAGUUUUAUUUUUGUAAUUUUUUUUUUUUUUUUUUUUUUACAUCAGGCCUGAACUGUAUUGUGAUGUGACUCUUUCCACAGUGCAACUGGGGAAAAAUGCAUACCCUCCCUCCACCCUGGCACUGGAAGUGUUAAUACUCAUUGAAACGCUAGCCAGUGUUUUGGUUAACCUUGCCCUCCCAAUUGCCACUCUGCAUUUAUCAUUCCAUUUGCUUGCGGAACAUUUUGUGUCAGUCUGUAUAGUUGUAGGGUUGUGUGUUUUAAAAAUGACUUCAGAGAAAAUCAUAGCGUUUUAUAAGUAAUAUAAAAGACGGGACUCGUUUCCUCAAACACAACCGUGUAAAUCCUUAAAGAGCUAGCUAGUGUUAUAUGGUGUGUCCUGCUUUAAAUGCUCUAUGGUUUGCCAGUCAAUCUGAGCAGAGGUCUAAUAGGAGGUCCGUUUUAAAGAACAAGUUACGUAGAUGCAAAUGUUUUUUGCCAACUAAUCCUUAAACAUUACUAGUGGCCCAGCAUUUGGAAAAUCCCUAAUUCUAAAAUGUGUUCAAAUUUAAAACAACAGCUUUGAUUGGGCCGCUACAACCAACAUGUUUAAAUCUUAGUUCUGUGGUUGGAGUCAAACCUAUAUGAAACAAUAUAUUGGUCUUCUGGGGGAAUUUUGUCUGUGCACACCAGUUAUGAGGAAUUUCUGAACAUGAUGCUGUUGGGAGAUACAAAAUGAAGGGACGAGUGCAGCAGAAUAUGGCUUCCCCCCUCUCCAAGCACAGUAAAUAAAUAAAAGAAUUAAUAAAAGCCAAUGAAAUUUGACUUACAUCUUAAAGGAACACUCACAAUGUUAUUUAUUUAUUUUUUUUAAAUCACUCAUUAGUAGAUAUACCCACAAUGAAAUCAUGCAUAUACUUAUUCAUGUUAUAUCUGAAAACGGCUUCUAAAAGCUGCAGGUCUCUUGUCUGCAGCUUUUGCAAGUCCUCCUCUUUUUACAUAGCGCAGACUUUAAGUUUGUGUUGGGGAAUACUCCUGGGAGGUUUCCUCUUGAAAAGCACGAGAUCACGGUUUCCCAUCCUUUUCAAUGAUCUGGAAUAGAGCUCAUUGAGAAAGGACAAGCUAAAUCGCGUUAUGUGUAAAGUGGUCUUUUAAGUCUGUUUAUGCAGAUAAGAAUGAUUUUGUAAAAGUGAAAUGUGGAUAUAAAUUACAAAAAACAAAAGUGCACUUUUUACAUGACAUUACUUUGAAGCCGUCUCUGCACACUAGAGUUCUGAUAAACAGCUCUAACCCCCCUCCUAAUGUAGCAAACUAUUAGCUUUUAUUCAAAAAAUCAUACAUUAGAAACAAGGUUCUUCCAGUAGGGGGCAGCAGUUCAGUUUUAGAUUUCUGCAUAUAUAUUGUAUACAUGUAUCCCAAAAUAGCUACAGCUAUGAGCAGUAUUGCACAGCUAUACUGAUAGAUACCUCAACCAGCUGGUUCAUAUGGGAUACAUGAAUCGUUCUCUCCUUCAUUUUGGCAGGCAGAUGGUGAUAGGAGGCCCACUAAACAUGGCUCAACACCAAAUGGUUUACUCAGUAGACUAGUGAUGGCUAACACUGGUCCCUCCCUCCCCCACGUUUGUAAACUACAUAUACCUUGAUGUGUUGUAGUUCACAAACAACUCAAAUGCCAAAGCUAGCCAGCACUGCACUCUAUGGUGAAUUUCAGUGAGUUCACAGCUUGCUUGCACAAAAUGUCAGAAUUGGAGAUCUGGCUUUGGCAAACUCCGUGUUGGUCCAACGUCUGCAAAUCUUGUCAACGUGAAUAAUUACACCACCAUUUGAGGGUUUAGUGAAUAAAACAAUAAAAUAAGACAGUAGGAUUAUAAAAACUCCUGCUUCCCACUGUUGACGCACUAAAACUCCCAGAAUUCAUUUUGUGCAUUAGAAACAGAAUAAUAGGGCUUGCAUUCCAAUAUCAAAAGGUAAUGAGCCCGACAAUCUAGCUCUAGAGUGUUACAAGACUGAUGUAUACGUACAAGUUUUAGAUUAUAUGUAUGUGUGUCCAUUUUUUGGGAUCAGAAUUCUUAUUGUCAAGAAAACUGGAAACAGAAGGACCCCUCCUCCCACAUGUAGUUAAUGGCUUAAGAUAUGAACCAUGUGGGAGAGGGUAAUAUUUUACUAACCAUUUAAGGGCCGAAGGGGGAUGACCGACACAUUUCACUCUCAGACAGCGCUCAGACAUUCAAUAUCAAUUUUUAUUUAAUUUUUUUUUGUCUACGUGUGGAAGGAUUUAUGCAAUUUAAUCGUGCCUUCCACGCUGAACAAGCCUAGCAGGAUGCAAUACAAUGCAAUUAUUUAAAAAACAAAAAACAAA